AUGGCCUUUUCAGUCAUCCAGCCCUACCAAUAUGUCGCCAUUCGGCUGCCCUCCGAUCAGACAAGAGUCGAACAAAUGCUCCCCAACACUCUGAUAAACCUGGGCAAAUAUGGGUCUUUCCGCACAAACCAGAUCAUAGGCCGUCCGUACCACCUGACUUUUGAGAUCCUCGACCGGUCCGAAGUCGAGAAUGGCAAAGAGCUCCGCGUCGUGCAGGCCGCCGAGUUGCAUGCCAUGGCUUUGGUCGAGCAGGCUGAGACGGACGGAGAGGUGCCGACGCCUGCGAACGAGCCGGACGAACUCGCUGUGUCACAACAGCAGACGACGACCACGACGACGCCCAAGUCCAAUGUCAACACCCACGAUGAUCCCACGAACCAGAAGUUGACCAUGGCCGAGAUCGAAACGUUAAAGCGCAACACCAUGGGUAGCGGGCGAGAACUGAUCGAAAAGAUAAUGCAGUCCCACUCCACCCUGGACCAGAAGACUGCUUUCUCUCUGGCAAAGUAUACGCUCAGGAAGCACAAAAAGUACAUGAAGCAGUUUACUGUGUUGCCGUUAGAUGUGUCAACCCUAGUCGACUGGAUGAUGGCCGAUCGGGAGUUUGCCAAGGUCAUGGAGAUGAGGAACGAAGUCCUCGGCCUGGUCGGGUGCUGGGCGAAUGUUCACGCUGCCGGGCAAGACUCUGCCAUGCUCUCCGAUAUGGACCCAUAUGCGCGGUAUCUGGUUGUGGACGACACGGGCGGUCUGCUGGUCGCAGCCAUGGCGGAGAGAAUGGGGAUUUUGCACCCAACAGACAUCGCACACGAGGUGGCUGGCAACCCUGAAGACGAAGACGUGGACGAUGAACAACCCGAUGAGACACCGACGCAUCUGCUGCCUCGAAAGCCCUAUCGUCAACGAUACCGCCGCUCGGCGAUGAGCGCAACCUCCAACACCAUCACGCUCGUGCAUGCGAAUCAACAACCCAAUCUCGGCCUCUUGCGCUAUUUCAACUUCGACUCCAACGCCCCCACUGCUUCUCAUCCAUUAUACACGAAUAUGAAAACGCUCUCGUGGUUGCAGCUACUCGAGCCAGAGUCCGCCAUCACGUAUCAAGAACCGCCCCAGAUCCCGGACACCGAACUGGCGAGGAUGAAAUCGAACCGAAGGAGUGCAUACUACCGCAAACGCCGACGGUGGGAACGAGUCAGGAACGUCGUGAACGAGACGCAGGCGGGCGGCUUCAACGGCCUGAUCGUAGCCAGCUUCGCCGACCCGUCGUCGACGUUGCGCCACCUCGUGCCUCUGCUGGCGGGCGGCAGCCAAGUCGUGGUCUACUCACCCAACGUCGAACCCCUCGUCGAAUUGGCAGACUGCUACUCCACAGCACGGAGAGCUGCGUUCAUCAACACACCUCUGGAACAGCGGACUGUCCCGUCCAAGGACUUUCCUGUCGAUCCAACACUCCUUCUAGCCCCGACGGUGCACACAGCGAGGGUGAGGAAGUGGCAGGUCCUGCCCGGACGGACACAUCCGCUGAUGACAAGCCGAGGUGGUGCAGAGGGCUACAUAUUCGUAGGGACAAGGGUGGUACCAGCAGAGGGCAAGGUUGAGGCGAGAGGAAGGCCGCCCAGGGGGAAGAAGAUCAAGGCUGAUGACAAGCCUGCGGAAAGUCCGGUCGCAGGUGAGCUCGAGGAAGGGAAGAGAGCAGCAGACGACGAGGAGCAGCCCCAGUCACCGCUGAAGAAACUGAAGGUCGAGACUGCGGCGGAACAACCAGACCGUCUGGACACGCCCGAUCCUGUCGUCAACCAGGCAUAA